AUGAGGACCGUUUAUUCUUUUGUGGGUGAAAACAAGACGAUAACAGAGUACUCUGCUGCUCUUCAAGGUACUGUGAAAUUAGGGUUAAAGCAAGGCUUGGCUAAAGGAACAGCGAUUGGCAGCAAAGGUGUCAUUUUUGCAGUUUGGUCCUUUUUGUCUUGGUAUGGUAGCAGGAUGGUGAUGUAUAAUGGAGCUAGCGGAGGAACUGUAUUUGCUGUUGGAGCUGCCAUCGCCAUUGGUGGACUAUAUUGCGGAGAAAAGAAUAAGGAAAGAAGCAGGUCAAGGAAUAGUGCAAGAACACUGUUGGUGAGUAUUCUCAAGAAUAGCAGAGAUGAAACAGGUGAAAUCACAGCAGAGAUGAAGCAGACGAAUGGAAAUCAGAAGCCUUUUUUCUUGAUUGAGAUGAUGAAUUCGAGAGAUGGAGAUGAAAUCGUAACCUUGGAUCUUUGA